AUGGCACAAUUGGAAACAUUACUCGAUUCAAGUGAUGAGGAUCUGGAUGCAACAUCGACGUCGGCUACCAGUAAUGAUACCGAUCAAUCUUCGAAAAUCACACAUUUAAUGCGUGAGAAUGAACGAAAAAUUCGCAGUUUAAGCGAAAGUUACAUGAAUCGAUUUCUUUUCAUUGGCCAACAAUUACAAUCACUACCUCAAUUAGCACACAAUGCUCCAAAUGCAUCAACAAUUCGACCCAUGGAGCAAAUCGCUCAACCGGCAUCACCAACAUUGACCGCUUUUAUCGAGGCGUUGAAGCAACUGAUUGUCAAAGAAGAAAGAAAACGAGAAAAAUGUUAUCUACCAUCCUAUGAUGAUAAUAGUAAUUCAAAUGAUGUGUACACCCGAUUAUCCAACGGAAUCACCCAAUGUUUACAUGAUUAUGAAGCAGAAUUGAAUCAUGCCAAACGGCGAAUCAACGAUUUAAACAAACAACAGGAACAUAUUUUAAACGAAAACAAACAUGUUGUUUCACAAUUAACCGACGCUUUUGAACAAAACACGAUAACCCUUCGUCAGACGUAUGAAAAGCAUUUAGCUAAACAACGCGAUGAAUCAUUACAAAUCGCACAAGCACUUGACAAGUACAAAGUUGAAAUCUUAACUCUACGAGAUUCAUAUGAGAAAAAACUUCGAGUUAAAGACGAAUUAGUCAAUGACCUGAACGAAAAAUUAGUCAAGAGUGAAGCAGAACAAGCGGCACGACAUCAUGCAUUGCAUUUAAAGAUUGAACAAUUUCAACAAAGUUUUGAAACUUUACAAGCUCGUAAUAAGCAAAUUGAACAUAAUAAUCAAAUAAAAACCAAAGAAAAUUGCGAUCUUCUCGCUCAAAUAUCUAAUUUACAAAUUCAAAUUCAACGUUUGCAACAAACCGUCACAUCGAAAGCGAAUGAAUGCAGUGAACUAUCUCAGAAACUAGCAUCACUAUUGCCAAAAGCAUCCGAAUGUGAACGUUACGAAUCUGAACUGAAACAAUGGUUUUUCUUAAUUUCACCCGAAAAUAAUUCAUCCGAUUUAACGUUGGAUUCCAUGGCCACAAUUGUCGUGUCAAAAGUUUCGCAUUUCGAAAAAUACAAACGACAACUCGAUGCCAUUGAAGAAGAACUCAACACUGCACAUAUUUGCGAAGGUCAUCAUUUAUCCGAUCGUAUUCGACAUGUAAUCACCCAUAACGAACAAAUCGAGACCGCUCAUCAUGAUCUUAAUAAUAAAUAUCAAGCAUUACUAUUGCAAGUGAAUAUGUUAACUGGAAUUAUUAAACAACAUUCGACUGAAGUGGCCAAUCACAAGGCAAAUGAAACACAAUUAAAAGAAUUUAAUGAACAAUUAUUGAAUGAAAAUCAGAAAAUUAAAUUGGAAGUUCAAGAAUAUCGUGCGAAAUUUCUUCAAAUAACAAAUACAAAUAAUCAAUUGGAACACGAAGCGAAUUUGAAUAAACAGCAAGCGAGAGACAUACAAAUCCAAUACGAAACAUUCAAAACAGAACAUCAAAUGUUAAACAAUGAACUGCAAACAAAACGCGAGGCUGUGAAACGUUACGAACAAGAAUUACAUUCGAUGAAACAUUUAUUCGACAUGACUCUCAAAGAAAAACAAUUACAAAGUGAUCAAUUACAGCAUGAAAGGCAUUUAUUCCAAACGGAAAAUGAUUCACUCAAACAAUUAGUUCUUCGCGAUGGUCAAGAGAAACAACCAACGCAACUAAAAACAUUACAAUACCUCACAACAAAAUACGUGGAAAAAGAUACAAUCAAUGAUGAACUUCAUCGUAUAUCAAAUGGUUAUUCUCAUACUCACAAUCAUCAAUAUCUCCCAUUGAACGAUCAUAUUGAUAAUGAUGUUAGUGAAGGUGUCAUAUCCCGUCGAGCAACAUCAACACCGACAUACAGCGAGACGGAAAUUUGUCAAAUUCAACCCUUGGGUAUUACGAAACAGAUUAAUCAAGUUUUGAGCGAUAUGAAAAGUUUGUUAACAUACAGUCGAGAGACGAUUGUUAAACAUGACGACGGUGUUGUCGUUCCCGAACGUGAUUUUAAAGUACGAAAACGAAAUAAAUCUCGACAAGUUAAACGAGAACGUUCAACAGUUAUAGGAAUCGAACAGCUUUAG